ACUUCUUCAAUCUUCAGGCAGCAGUUGUUGUUUGAUAUCGAGUCGCGCAGGUUGUGCCGGCUGCAGCGGCGUCGUUGCUACUCACUCGCAUAGAAUAAACAUUGUCUCGUGCUACAGAAGUAAACAAUCGAAUGUGCAGUUCUUCGUCAAUUUAUUACCAGUAUCUUUGCAGUAUUUUUUUUUAAUUUCAUUUAUUGAUAUAUUCACAGUUAGCAGGAUAUAAAAUAAGUUUUUCUGUAUUGUGAAGUGUUUACAUGGAUAUUGAAAGGAGCUUGCAGUAAUUUGAGUUUACCGUCAAUAUUUUAAGCUAUCAGCCAGUACAGCACACGCGCGGCGGCUGGGCGGCGACUGGGCGGCGGCUGGGCGGCGGCUGGGCGGCGGCUGGGCGGCGGCUGGGCGGCGACUGGGCGGCGGCGGCAGAGGCGACAUGCGGGCGCGGCGGUAGCGGCAGCAUGGCCGCGCCGCUGAUGCUGCUGGCGGCGCUAGCGCUGUCGGCGUCGCCGGCGGGCUCGCAAGGAUCAAGUCCGCCUGCGCUCGCAGCCAUAGCGCUCUCCAUACGUUCUCGGGCUAUUCAAGAUAGUCGAUGUUACUUGAUGAACGGAGGUGCUGUGGAGAGCUUCUUUAUAAGUGAGGACACGCCAGUAGGCAGUAUUAUAGGUACGUUAAGCGUAAAUGGCGAUCCAAGCGAGGUGGGUGGCGACAUUUCGCUGCAUAUUCAAGAGAAGAACGCGGCGGUGGCGCUGGCGGCGGGCACCAAGAACGUGACGCUGCGGCGCGCGCUCGACCGGGAGGAGAGGCUCGGCCCGGCCAGCGUGUACGUCAACGUGCGCUGCGACAGAAGACACACUGCGGACCCCAGCUUCGUGAUCCCGCUGUCGGUGCGCGUGUGGGACGUGAACGACAACGCGCCGGCGUGGCGCGGCGCCCCGUACCGCGCGCGCGUGUCGGAGCUGGCGGCGCCGGGCGCGCGCGUGCUGGCGGCGCCGGCGCACGACCCCGACCAGCCCGGCCCGCACGCCACCGUGCGCUACUCCGUGCUGCCGGGACCCGCCUCGGAGUACGUCGGCUUCCAAAGCGAGCUGGACAGCACGGUGGUGAUCACGCGCGCGCUGGACUACGAGACGCUGCGCAACUUCACGGUGCGGCUGCGCGCGGCCGACGGGGGCUCCCCGCCGCGCUUCAACGACACCACGCUGACGGUGGAGGUGCUGGACGCCGACGACCACAACCCGCAGUUCACGCACGAGCACUACACGGCGCUCGUGCCCGACGGCGCGCAGGAUGGUACGCUGCUGGAGGUGUCGCCGGGCCCGGUGUCGGCGGCGGACGGCGACGUGGGCAUCAACGCGCCCGUGUACUACAGCGCGAGCGGCGACGGCGCGCAGCUGCUGCGCCUGCACCGCGACAGCGGCGCGCUGGCCGCCACCGAGCGCCUGCUGGCGCACCCGCUGCCCGUCACCGUGGUGCUCAAGGCCACUCAAGUGGACAACGCAGACCGGUACGCGCUGGCGACGGUGACGGUGCGGCGCGCCGCAGCACCCCCGCCCGCUGCGGCGCCUCAGCCGACGGCGGACGCGGGCGUGCGGUUCGCGCGGCGCGGGUACGCGGUGUCCGUGCCCGAGGACGCGCCGCCCGGCAGCGUGCUGGCGGCGCUGCACACCAGGGCUCUGCACGAGACGCCGCUGCAGUUCUACGUGUCGGAGCGCUCGUUCCUGGAGAAGUUCGCCAUCAACAGCGCGGGCGAGGUGCUGCUGCGCAAGCCGCUGGACUACGAGACGGCGCCGCGCUACCACUACCAGGUCAUGGUCACGGACGGGAACUCGAACGACACGGCGUGGAUCAACAUCACGGUGCAGAACGUGAACGAGUGGGAGCCGCGUUUCCGGCACGCGCACUACGAGUUCCUGCUGGACGAGCUACCGGCGGCCGGCGGCGCCGUGCGCGUGGGGCAGCUCACCGCCUUCGACGGCGACUCCGACGACUCCGUGGCGCUGCACCUCAGCGGACCCGACGCCAAGAUGCUGUCGGUGAACGCAGCGGGCGAGGUGUUCGUGCAGGCGGAGGCACUGCGCGCGCUCAACGCGUCCGUGCUGCACGUGGUGGCCACCGCCGUGGACUCCGGCUCCCCGCCGCGACAGACGUCGGUGCCGGUGUCGGUGCGCAUCUCGGAGCGCGUGGCGCAGGCGCAGGCGCGCUCGCCGAUGUUCGCCGCCUUCGCGUGCGCGCUGGCGCUGCUGGCGCUGCUGCUGCUGGCGCUGCUGCUGUACCUGUGCCGUCUCAAACGUCGUCGCCAGGUAAAAGACAAAAGCGCGACAGUCGCGGUGGCGCCGGAGAAGAGCGCGCUUCCCGCGCCGGGCGCGAACCUCACGGUGAGCAGCGCCGGCGGAGGCAGCGGCUCGCUGCAGAGCGUGUCCGCGGGCGCCAGCAGCAUCCUGGCCGCGUCCACCACCAGCCUGGACCGCGACAAGCCAUCCAACGGCAGCACGGCGCGACAGUCGCAGCGCUUCCCGCCGCGCGGCAAGGUGUCGCCGGCGAGCCCCGCGGGCGCGGCGGGCGCGGCGGGCGCGGCGGGCGCGGGCGGCGGGGCGGCGGGCGCGGGCGCGGGGGCGCUUAGCGACCACUUGCAGGGCGCGGCGGGGCGCUCGGGCGUGGCGUGGCCCAGCGCCACCAUCCCCGCGCGCGUCAAGCACCUCAGCUGGGACGACGCCACGCCACAGGAGGGCGAGGAGCGGCGCGAGGUGACGGAGGCGACGAACGCGGCGGUGUCCGACCACUUGAACCUCACCGUGUACUUCUAGCGGACGCUCCGUGCUCAUUGUGAUAACUUUACCGUGGAAUUUCUAGCAACAACCUAUUGUGUUGCUUUUUCUAUUACGUAACGUGAUAAGAUUUUAGGUUAUUGAAAUAUGGCUAACUUCCAGUGAUUAUCGUCAGAGUAUGCCUAGUUUCGAACCCUAAUGAGGUCCUUAGUCAUAAGCUUUUUCAUGCAACGCCGCGUAAACAAAAAAGCAUGGAAGACUUCGUAGUUUAAAUUUGAAAAGUAUUUUAGAAUCUUUAGAAAACAAUGUUUGUUUGAUUAUAAAUUAUGUUGUAAAUUUUCAACAAGUCAGACCAUUGCUUAAACAAGUCGCGACUGUCGCGUGUUCGACACGUUAGUCGCGCAUCUCUUAAACGUGCUGUAAAUAUCGCCGCGAUUCUCGUGAUGUAGCAUUAUUGAAUGAAGAGUGUUUCCAAUUUGUCUUAAAAUUGAAGAUGUUUAAUUGGUCAACUACUGUUACUAAUCUGAAGUGCUUCUAAUAGUAACUUGUUUGUUAGAUAAAAAUACCUAAUAUAAUAAUAAACAUGAUGUAGAUAAUGUAGACUAAAAUUUUAUAAACUACCCUAGGGAAUAGUACAUUUUAUACAACUUUUAUAAAAUAAACCUACGAUGAGAACAGAAGGAACGGCGCUACAAAUGAACGGACCAAAGUUUAAUUAGUCGAAAUGCAGAAGACAAAUAUAAUAAAACUUUGAACGCUUCUGUACAGUUUUCAUAUUAGACUAUAUCAGGUGUUUUUCAUUGGAUAUGAAUAUAGUAGGUAGGUACUAUAACAGCCAGUUUCUUCAUGUAAAGCUAAAGUAACAGUAAAAGUAGUAAGUAGUAAAGAAGACUUUAUUUUUCAGUAAAUAAGACCGUCACAUUUGAUUUAUGACGUUACUUUGACUGUUACUUACGAUGGAGAAACUGGCCGUAAGUAAGUACAUAAUUAAUUUAAUAAUUUCGUUAACAAAAAAAACUAUUAAAGUUAUGCGAUUGUUAAGAAGAUUGUCAUCUAGGUAUAUAAUAAAAUCUGUACCAAUUCAGAUGUAUUACAAAUGUCUAGGAAUUGAACCCAGUGUACCUCAUAUAGAAGCAUGUCACCACUGAACCGUUAAGGUCCUCGGUGGUGCGAUAUUAUUUCUGACACGAGAUGAAAAGAGUAAUGAGUUUAAUUGUGAUUUCGGUUAAUUAUUAUUAUCACUUACGACAUUUUUAGCGUUAGUUAUUUGUAUAAUUUGUUGUUAAUUGUGUAUUUAUAAAUUAUUUAAAGCAUGUUAAACGAUAUAGCGACAUGUCAUUGUUAUUAAAUUUCUGUUGACUUAAA